CAUGGUUGGAAUUGUGCUCCCAUCUCAAUGCUGCGAUUAAGACACUCACUGCUUGCAUUAUCAGCUGCGCUCCUCUAACAUAAUUCUCAAAGGCUAAUUCUUUGUGAUGGUCCAUAGGAGACAGCUAACGUAAAGCAAGAAUCAGAAUCAUUAACGGAGCCAGAGAGCGUGACUCCAGACCCGGGUCCAGAGGAAGAAAAAGCUCCUGAAACUGACAACGGAAACAGUGAACCUGUGGAAAACCAAGCUGACGGUGACCCAGAGAAGCCAACAGUUAUGAACUUCUUCAAAACACUAGUGACUCCCAAAGUAACCAAAAAGGAAACAGCUACUCCUGAUGCCACAAAAGACCAGUCCCAGAAGGAGACCCAACCAGCAGCAACAACCACUGUUGCACAGGUAUCUGAGCCGCCUGCAGCACCCAAAGGAAUGUCUAUCCCACCACCACCUCCUCCAGAGCCACCCAAAAUGGAAAUAAAGGGAGAGCCAGCUGCCAAACCCUCACCAAAGGCAGAACCAAAAGCUGCUGCAAAGGAACCUGAGUCCUCAAAAGGAAAAUCAGCCAAAGCUGCUCUGAGCAGCUUCUUCCGUCCAAAGGUACUGCUAGGUGUCAAGGCAUUCAAAGGCAAGGGUGCUUCAGCAUGUGGAGGCAAUGCCCCAGCCAAGUCUGCAGCAGUGAAGGUGGAUCCCUCAAAAGCUGGAACCCUCGAGGCUGCUGCAAAGCAAGAACCGCCACCGCCUGUUCAGGAAGAGAAGAAACCAGCCACAAAAGCAUCCUUCUUGUCUCUCUUCAAGCCUAAAGUACUGUUAGACCACAUGACCACAAAAGUCCAGGCAGCCUCCACAAGUGGAGUUCGGCUCCUCAGGAGAACAACUGGAGUGGCUGCAGAACCAAAGAAGGAGACCCCUGCACCAGCUGCAGCAGCAGAGACAGCCAAAGCCAAGGAGGAACCCAAAGCAGCAGCCAAGGCAUCAGAUGCACCCGUAGAUAACAAACUGGCCUCAGUGGCCUCCCAAGCUGGAGAUGAUGCAGCCAACGUGCCCAAAAAACUGGAGAAGAGGAACUCCAUCAAUCUGCUCUUUAAAAUUCUGGGUCAGAAACGUAACUCGACAGAUGCCGGGGUCCAGACAGAGCCAGUGGUUGUUGCUCCUGCAGCUGAGAAGGCCAAAUGAAACCAGAACCAACAGUGACGUUCCCCUGUACAGAACCCCUUUUCUCUUUCUCGCUCUUACAUGCUCUUUACUAUCUCUCUUUGUCUUAUCCCCCUUUCAACUCUUAUGGAAUUACUUUAACUACAUUUUUUUUGUUUUUGUUACUGUUUAGAAGUUACAAUAUGGAAGGGAAAGUGACUGGAAGGAUAAAAGCAAGUUGGGAGAAAGACAAACAGUGGGCAGGUUGCUAAACAAGUGGUUAUUUGAAAUGGUCAAAGGCGAGGUUGUUAAGAUAUAUAUAUAUUUUGGUCAUAUAAAUGUCUUGACAAGUAUAGCAAUUUGAGUGUGAAACAUUUUCUACAGACAUUAAAUAUGACCUCUCUCUGUUCUUGUGCGCUAACAUACUGGGCUUAUGCAAUUUCCAUGCUUUACUUUCAGCAUUUAGUUUGUCAAAAACACAUAAAAGUUAUAUUUUUACAGUUCAUACCGGAAAAAUCCAGCAGUUGUGGGAAUGCAGAGGUUAAUAUGAAAUGAAAAAGGUACUUAAAAUCGACAUAUAUGUAAAAUAGAGCUGAUAAGAGGAGCAUAUUCAUAUGAUAAACUGCACUUACAGAUUUUUUUUUUUUAAAUAUAGACCAGAGGUUUUCAAAGUGGGAGGUGGGCCUCCCCAGGGGCGGCUCCAAACAGUUUUCAGAGAGGUUCUUUUAAUAUAAAUGAAAAAAAAAUACAUUAGUUUUCAAAAGAAGAUCACAUAGAGUAACCUAGAUGUAUGUGAUUUGGUUAAAAAGAUGUAGUAGUUUUUUGAAAAAACUAGGACAGACCUUUUUAUGCAUUUGGUUUAGUCUGAAGUUAUGUCAAACAGCUAUAUUAAGCAACCUUGGCUUAAUUGUUGAGUGUCUGUGGGAUCACAUAACAUAAUCAUCCCCACAGAUAUCCAGAGCAAAACUAAGUACCAGGUGGGGGCCUUUUUCUAGGCUUUGUCUGAGGGGAGGCCCAGAGUCUGAGACUUUGAAAACCCCUGAUGUAAGCUUAUAUGUAGACUUAAGCACACCAGUCGUAUCCUAACAGUGGGCCAUAUGGGAAAAUCACAAUCUUUACUGUUCUGUGGGGACCUGAUUGUAAGUGUUCAUGUUAACAAAUGCAUCUGAGGUGGCAAAAUGGUGUCAUUGUGCAAAAGUGUCCUUGUGGUACGUUUUGCAGUAGUCAUAAAUCACAGUCGAUUAGCUUUUAAUUUGAUUGCAGCACUUUGUGUCAUGUGAUUUAAUAGAAGUCUUAUGGUGUAAGUCAUUUGUGUUUGGCACGUGUGCAAUUAAUAUCAUGCUUUUGGUUGCCUAUAUGUAUGUAUGUGUGUAUGUGUAACUUCAGCUAUCUUGUAGACAAUAAAUAUGUUUACCAUU